GUUGUGGAUUUCUUGAAAAAGCUGCUAAGACCUGAGUUCGGGGUUGUUUCCCCUGCAAGAUCUGAUGACUUCAACAUCCAACACAGUCCUGAGAGUCCAGAUUCCUGUUCUCUUUUAGGUGUUAGUGAUUUUAUCAAGAAACAAAGAAUAUUGAACUCUGGAAUAUGCAGGUACCUUAACAUGGGGAAUCUUCUUAAAGUUUUGACAUGCACAGACCUUGAGCAGGGGCCAAAUUUUUUCCUUGAUUUUGAAAAUGCCCAGCCCACAGAAUCUGAAAAGGAAAUUUAUAAUCAGGUGAAUGUAGUAUUAAAAGAUGCAGAAGGCAUUCUGGAGGAUUUACAGUCGUACAGAGGAGCUGGCCAUGAGAUACGAGAGGCAAUACAGCAUCCAUCUGAUGAGAAGUUGCAAGAGAAGGCAUGGGGUGCAGUUAUUCCACUAGUAGGCAAACUAAAGAAGUUUUAUGAAUUUUCUCAGAGGUUAGAGGCAGCAUUGAGAGGUCUUCUGGGAGCCUUGACAAGUACCCCAUAUUCUCCAACACAGCACCUAGAGCGAGAGCAGGCUCUUGCUAAACAGUUUGCAGAGAUUCUUCAUUUCACACUCCGAUUUGAUGAACUCAAGAUGACAAAUCCUGCUAUACAGAAUGAUUUCAGCUAUUACAGAAGAACACUGAGUCGUAUGAGGAUCAAUAAUGUUCCAGCAGAAGGAGAAAACGAAGUAAAUAAUGAAUUGGCAAACCGUAUGUCUUUAUUUUAUGCUGAGGCAACCCCAAUGUUGAAAACCUUAAGUGAUGCCACGACAAAAUUUGUAUCAGAGAAUAAAAAUUUACCAAUAGAAAAUACCACAGAUUGUUUAAGCACCAUGGCUAGUGUAUGCAGAGUCAUGCUUGAAACACCGGAGUAUAGAAGCAGGUUUACAAAUGAAGAGACAGUAUCAUUCUGUCUGAGAGUAAUGGUGGGUGUCAUCAUACUCUAUGACCAUGUACAUCCAGUGGGAGCAUUUGCCAAAACAUCAAAAAUUGAUAUGAAAGGUUGUAUCAAAGUCCUAAAGGACCAGCCUCCCAAUAGUGUAGAAGGCCUUCUAAAUGCUCUCAGGUACACAACAAAACAUUUGAAUGAUGAGACUACCUCCAAGCAAAUUAAAUCUAUGCUGCAAUAACAGUUUCCUGGAAUUAGCACCUGCUGUAGAAAGAUAACAGUAUUCUGCAAUGACUGAGAUGCACAGUUUUUUAGUGAUUGCAAUUACUCUCAUUCAUUCUUGCUUUUUCUUUCUUUUUUUCCUCUUCCCCCUUUUUAAAUCAUGUUCUUGUUUUUAAGACUUCUUUUCUGUGCCAAAAUGAAUAAAGUUAUAAACUUUGAAGGGAUGUUUUCCUUUCAACAUGGCCAUUUAAGGCAGCUAAUUAUGCAUUGCAUUUGGAUCUCUACUGAGAAAAAUUCUGUGACUUGAACUAAAUAUUUUUAAACGUGAAUUUUUUUGGGAAAACUAAUAUUUAAUAUUGCUUCUUCUGCAUGGCAAAACUGCCUAUUUCUGCUAUUUAAAAACCCUCAAUGACUUCAUUUUUCUAUUGCCGCUUUUUUCAUGUGCAACCAAGAUGAGGAUGUUUAAAUUAAAACUGUGUUGUACAAAAUGGUACCCAACACAAAGGUUUUUUUUUUUAAUUAGUAAAACUGGUUUGUUUAAAGUUUUACAUUUGCAUUUUGACUCUUUUUUUUUUUGUAAGGAUGUAUGUUGUGUGUUUAACCUUUAUUAACUAACGUUAAAACUGUGAUGUGUGCGUAGAAAAAAUACGUAUGCAUGUUCAUGUUUAAAGAAUGGCUGUUGAUGAUAAAAUAAAAAUCAGCUUUCAUUUUUCUAA